UCCUGAUGAGAGCAGAGUGAUGCUGAAGAUGCUGCUGUGAGGGUCUCAUGUCUCGGCUCUCCUGUAGACUCUACAAUUCCUCUUAUACACCAUGGGAUGGUGGUGACGGGAUCCCCACAGCCACACACUGGCAGUUCCAGGGUCUUUCAGGGUUGUUUGCUGGGUGAAGUAUCCAGGACUAUGAGCGCUGAGUGCUCCAGCUACACCACUGUGGAGAAGGUGUUAGUGGGGGCUUUUAGCUGUCCCAUAGUGGACAGUGACCUGGGGGCUAUAUACUGCUGUGGAUUUAAGGACUUCAAAUACUGCUGUGAUGACCCCAACAGUUUUUUCCCAUAUGAGCACAGUUACAUGUGGUGGUUGAGCGUGGGAGCACUGGUGGGCUUAUCCAUAGCUGCUGUGGUCCUGUUGGCAUUUAUCAUCACCGUUUGUGUCCUCUGCUAUCUGUUCAUCAGCAACAAGCCGCACAACAAGCUGGACACGGGGCUGAGACUACAAUCAGCAGGUACAGAACAAAACUCAUUGGAAGGUCCCAGCAGAUCCACCCAGUCAACGGCCCCUGAGGGAUUCAAGCGCCAUUUUCUGAGCCAUAAACUGGACUGUGAUAACCAGCCCCAGGACCCAGACAGAUUGUUUCAGAGAUGUUUCCUUGCCACUGUGACAACAAUUAAUGUCCAAGGACCCUCCUGAGCUCUUUGAUCACUCAUGUCAUUGUGUUAGGAUCCAGCAUUUUCAAACAACCGCUUUGGCUUUGAUCUCCUGCAUCUAGUGCUCUGUACAGAAAUGCUCCACAUUCCAUCAAUAAACACUUAUAUCGGCUCUUUUACAUUG